AUGUACCGAAGAAUUACUGCUAUCGCCCUCGCCGUGGCUCUUUGGGCGGCGCGUGGAGGUGCUGUUGCAGUCGUUGGUAACCCUGCCGAUCUACCCAAAAAUGCCGCAUACGACUUUAUCAUAGUUGGGGGUGGAACGGCAGGCAAUGUAGUUGCCAAUCGCCUGACGGAAAAUCCAAGUAUAUCCGUAUUGGUACUUGAGGCUGGAGUAUCAAAUAUCGGUGCUACAGACACAAUUAUACCUUCUUUCUGCGUCAGGGCUUCUCCCAACACUCCUUUUGACUGGAAUUUUACAACUAUUAAUCAACCUGGACUCGGUGGACGUUCAAUAUCAUACCCAAGAGGUCAUAUUCUAGGAGGGUCAAGCUCUACUAAUUACAUGGUAUAUACCAGAGGGCCCUCAUCCGACUGGGAUCGAUAUGCAACUAUUUCGGGAGAUCAAGGUUGGAGCUGGAACAGUAUCCAACCUUACAUCAAGAAGAACGAGGCCUGGACACCACCAGCAGAUGGCCAUAACACUGCUGGGCAGUUUAAUCCUGUGUUCCACAGUACCACAGGAAUUAACGCCGUCAGUUUGUCGGGAUUCCCUCAAGGAAUCGACAAUCGUGUGAUUCAAACCACAUCUCAACUGAACGAAUUUCCCUUCAAUUUGGAUAUGAAUUCUGGCAAUCCGAUCGGAAUCGGCUGGCUUCAAAGCACAAUUAAAGGGGGGUCGCGAAGCAGCUCCGCUACGUCAUACCUAGGGCCUAGCUUCAUUAAAAGACCUAAUUUGCACGUUCUGAUUGGCGCUCAAGUCACUCGGAUCCUAUCAACAGGAAAGAAAGUGGAACUAGUCCUUUACGGUUAUGGUGCAACAUACUUAUUUUUCGGCUCUACAGGUCCUCGAUUCAAUCUAACUGCCAAGAAGGAAGUGAUUCUGUCCGCGGGAUCUGUCGGAACACCCCACAUUCUUCUUCAUUCGGGUAUAGGCGACAAGACAGCACUACAAGCUUUGGGAAUACCAUCAAUUGUAAAUCUGCCAGACGUAGGCCAGAAUCUGUCUGAUCACCCCUUUUUGCCAAACGGAUGGCUUGUGAACUCUACGGACACCUUUGAAACAGCUGCUCGAAAUGCCACAUUGUCGGCGCAAGAGCUAAAUCAAUGGAAUGCACAUCAGACUGGGCCUCUGGUAGACACUAUUGUCGAUCAUUUAGGAUGGUUCCGUCUCGCCAAGAAUUCCUCCGUGCUCCAGACAGGCUCCGAUCCUUCUUCAGGGCCCAACGCGCCACACUUUGAGUUCCUAUUUGCUAAUGGUCUUCCCAUUCCUAACCCUCCUCCAUCUGGCAAUUUUCUCGCGGUAGCCACGGCUAUUGUCGCGCCCGUUGCUCGUGGAAAUAUUACUCUAGCGACUAACAAUCCUUUCGAUGCCCCAUUGAUCAAUCCCAACUUACUGGGUACUGAUUUUGAUCUCGCUGUCAUGCGUGAAGCCGUACGCGCUGCCAUCCGUUUUGUUUCUGCCCCGGCAUGGAGCAAUUAUAUCAUCACACCCAUCGGAGGGCUUGAAGAUAUCGACACAGAUGAUAAGCUUAAUGCGUAUAUUCAAGCUGGGACUACUACAAUUUUCCAUCCCUUUGGUUCAGCGUCAAUGUCCCCCAAAGGCGCAUCGCAUGGUGUUGUAGAUCCUGACUUACUUGUCAAGGGCACUUCUGGCCUAAGAAUUAUUGAUGCUUCGGUAGUGCCUAUUGUGCCUGCUGCUCACCCCCAGUUCCAUGUCUAUAUGUUUGGUGAACGAGGUUCAGAUCUCAUCAAAAGUUGCUGGAAUAUUUAG